CCCAGAAGCUUCACCUCAAUUAUCUUCAACAAUAUCAGCUACAAAUCUAGAACUGAGGGCAAAUUGAUUAAACCGAGCCGGUUGAGAUCCAGGGUUCGAAAUAAAACUUGCGUUUGUUUAUUCUUUUGUACCAUGUCAAGAUCUGGGUCCUAACUAGGUACCCAACCACCGGCGCCUCAGCUUAGCCACUCAGUUAAGCAUAUUUACUACUCAUAUUCACAUCCAAAUUUACACACUUACACCACACUACACUACGCGCAGACAUACAUAAUGCCUAAGAUGCCAAAGCUCUACUCGCCCUACGGCCCGCGGCCGAAGCGCUCGGCCCAGCUCAUCGCCAUCUGGAUGGUGAUCCUGGUGUUUGCGCUGAUCGUGACGUUCUAUCUUACGAGCAGGGAGCGCGGGGCGACGACUUCGUCGUAUGCGGGUAUGAGGCUGGCGGAUGAGGUGGGUAAGGAGAAGGAUGGGGUUAGGGGACGGAGGUGGGCGAAGGUGGUGCCGUGAUUGUGAUUGGGAUACGGGCUGGGCGUGUUGGUGGGAGGUGUUAAAUUUAUGGUGAAUUUUUUUCUUUCUAUUGUGUAAGUUGAAUUGUUUAUAGAGGGAAUUUGGGUUUAGGAUAUGCUUCGGUGGGAGAGCUGAGUAUAAAAGAUUUUUGGGGAGCUACGCUCGGUGGCAGAAGAACCUAACAGCUUUGCGUUUGCUUGGAUAUUUUCGCGAUGAAAUGAAUGGGAAGAAAACGAAGGCAGGGGAUAAAGGAAUUGAUAAUGUUGAGGCAGUUGAAGAAACUGGCUAGUUACUCUAUAAUCAGAAAGAUUGCGAAAGUAUUAGGAUAGAUGUUGUCGCAUUUAAAGCCAUAGGCGUAACUUCAAUAAUUAUCCA